AGUGCAGGCGGGCUAGAAGCUAACAAGUUGACUCAAUAUCGGUGGUAAAUUGGUCGUAGAAAUCAUUCCAGUGCUCGUGAAGGUAUUUCUUAAUUGUCUAAACUUUAAUAUUUGGACCUACAUGACGCGGCUGGAUUGAGGAGGAAGCCAGCCAUCACAGGCUAGAGCAGUUACUACCUAGUAAUAAACAUUAAAACGUCGACAGCUAACAGUUAGCAGACAGACGAACGGACCGAGGACUGGCUGAAUACUUACAGCCAGUGCUUUCCUUCCGUGAGCCAGUCAGACAACCCACCGGCAGACCCCCGACGAAGCCAAGAUAUGCAGUUGUCAGCGCAGCGCUGACAGGCCUGACUCUGGUUUAACACGACCAUGGAGUCCUCUUCUGAGUCCCAACAGGAGCCCGAGAAAACUUUGCACCAUGCAGAGUUGAGAGAGCACCAUGCCACCUCCGCUGCUGUAGUGUGCGGUGAUGACACCGUCCUUCUGACCCCAGGCAGGAUGAGCCAGCGCCAGGCGAAGGAGCGGGACAAGGAGAGGGAGAAGGAGGCGGGCCUCCAAACGCCCAACAGGGAGCAUGUCGCCACCCCUUCAACCCUCAGCCCGGGGGUCAGCUACAGCUACGGUUUCGAGAGAGGGAAGGAGGACCUCUUGCCUCUGCCUUUGAAAGAGGACUCACAUUCCAUAUCUAAGAGCAAGUCUGAAACAAAGCUGUACAAUGGCUCAGACAAGGAUGUGUCGGCGUCUGGAGGAAAGCUCACCAAGAAGGAGUCCCUCAAGGUUCAGAAGAAAAACUACAGGGAAGAAAAAAAGAGGGCAACCAAGGAGCUGCUCAGCACCAUCACUGAUCCCUCUGUCAUCGUCAUGGCCGACUGGCUAAAGAUCCGUGGCACUCUGAAGAGCUGGACCAAGCUGUGGUGUGUGUUGAAACCGGGCGUCCUGCUCAUCUAUAAAACCCACAAAAAUGGCCAGUGGGUGGGAACGGUGCUGCUCAAUGCCUGCGAGCUGAUCGAGAGGCCCUCGAAGAAGGACGGCUUCUGCUUCAAGCUCUUCCACCCGCUGGAACAGUCUAUCUGGGCCGUCAAGGGUCCUAAAGGAGAAGCAGUGGGCUCCAUCACGCAGCCAUUACCCAGCAGCCACCUCAUCUUCCGUGCUGCCUCUGAGUCUGAUGGUCGGUGCUGGAUGGACGCCUUAGAGCUGGCCCUGAAGUGCUCCAGCCUGCUGAAGAGAACCAUGAUCCGCGAGGGGAAGGAGGACAUGAGCACAGUGGCCACUGGCGGAGAACACUCCAUUAAUUUCUACAGCCUCCUCCGAGCCCACAACAUACACGGUUUCCAGUUCAACGACAGUGACCAUUUGAAAGACCCGGACUUGUAUUCAGACAAGUCAGACAGGGAGGGAGAGCAGGACCAUGAGGAGUCCGACCCAGAAGGCUUGGAGAAGAGUGAGGAGAGCGACAGCGACACAUCAGAGCGCCAAGACGACUCGUACAUCGACCUCGAUCCUAACGAACAUCUACGGGAAACCCCGUACCUGGAGCAAUCCCAUGAGGAACUGGGAGAGGCUGGUGAGGCUGCCCAGACAGAGACGGUAUCAGAGGAGAAUAAAUCUCUAAUCUGGACUUUGCUGAAGCAGGUCCGGCCUGGCAUGGACCUGUCCAAGGUGGUGUUGCCCACCUUCAUCCUGGAGCCAAGAUCCUUCUUGGACAAACUCUCCGACUACUACUACCACGCAGACUUCCUGUCAGAGGCUGCAAUCGAAGAGAACGCCUACAACCGGAUGAAGAAGGUGGUGAAGUGGUACAUCUCUGGGUUUUAUAAAAAGCCAAAGGGGUUGAAGAAGCCUUACAACCCCAUUAUCGGAGAGACGUACCGCUGCAUGUGGCUCCACCAGAAGACCAACAGCAAGACCUUCUACAUCGCAGAACAGGUAUCCCAUCAUCCUCCAGUGUCAGCCUUCUAUGUCAGCAACAGGAAGGAUGGAUUCUGCCUCAGUGGCAGCAUCCUGGCCAAGUCCAAGUUUUACGGAAACUCCCUGUCAGCCAUAUUAGACGGGGAGGCUCGGCUCACUUUUCUCAACCGAGGGGAGGACUACGUCAUGAACAUGCCCUACGCUCACUGUAAAGGCAUCCUGUACGGCACCAUGACCCUGGAGCUGGGUGGCCAGAUCACUAUCGCAUGUGAGAAAACGGGCUACAGCGCUCAGCUCGAGUUCAAGCUGAAGCCGUUCCUGGGCAGCAGCGACAGUGUCAAUCAGGUCUCUGGAAAGAUCAAGCUGGGAAAGGAGGUGUUAGCCACGCUGGAAGGACACUGGGACAGCGAGAUCUUCAUCAAUGACAAGAAGACAGGGACGGUGGACACUUUCUGGAACCCGACACCAGAGCUGAGACAGAGUCGACUGACCCGCUGCACUGUCCCGCCAGAGGAGCAGGGAGAGUGUGAAUCAGAAAGACUGUGGCAGCACGUGACACGGGCCAUCAACAGCAAGGACCAGACCGAGGCCACCAAUGAGAAGUUCAUUCUGGAGGAAGCUCAGAGGAAGUCGGCCCGCGAGCGGAAAGCCAAAUGCGAGGAGUGGAUCCCUGCCCUGUUUGAGCAGGACCCCAUCACCGGAGAGUGGCAUUACAGAUAUGCCGACACAAGGCCAUGGGAUCCACUCAACGACCUGAUCCAGUUUGAGAAAGACGGCUGUAUCCAGACCAAGGUCCGACACCGCACCCCUAUGGUACGUUCUGGCAGUCUUAUUAGUCUGAGUAACCAGGGGCCGCGGAGGGACAAUUGCAAGUGCCAGGUAACGGUGCCAAAGAGGAAACACAAGAGUGACAAGCCCAAAAGCCCAGAGAGUGGCUGCUCCUCACCUGAACCCGACCGCCAAGACUCGUCUGGCAGCGAACGACACAAAAGCAAGCAUAACAGUCGGCUGAGGAAGAAAGGAGCCGACCUCAGUGAACUUCAAAGUGCCAUUGAAUCCAUAAAGCAGACGCAGGAGGACAUUAACAGGAGCAUCAGUGUGCUGCGGAGUCGUGCGGUGGGCCGGGUGGAGGGCGGCUCCUUCCUCCAGCAGCGCGACUACAUCAUCAUCGUUUUCCUCAUCCUCCUUCAGGUCCUGAUCAACUACGUUUUCAAGUAGCAGCCAUACCCCACAGGGAGAGUGGUGCCCUUACACACACACACACGCACACACACACACACACACACUCUCUGAGCCUUAGGCGUCACAAUGGGGUACUAAGAGAACCUUUACCUUUCACAAUAAGUGACUACAGCAGUCUCCUCCGACUCUCUUCUUCUCUGUCUUUAUUAAAUCCAACUGCACACGUCCAGGAAAGUGGAGACUUCAACACAAAAACAGACUUUUUAAAACUCGUAUUUAUUUUUAAGCAGUCCAUUCCAAAACUCUGAACAGAUCCACAGAUUUCAAAGGGGAGAGGAGCAGCGAUAAGGAGAGGCUGUUGGUGAGAUUUUUGGCGUGAUGAAGUCUCGACUGCCACUCUGGAGCUUAUUGAUUUGCCUUGAUGUAAGAGGCAAAGACAGCAGCCAUUUUUUUUUUUUUAGCUGGUCUUUGUUUUUUUUGUUUUUGUUUUUUUUCCCGAUGGAGUGAAACGGCUCUGUUGAUUCACAUUUCACCUCAAACGACAGGGAACCUUUUAACAUGGAGGCGAGUAACCAUGACUCAGAUGGUAACAAAGAUUAAAAAACAAAACAAAACAAAAAAACAACUUUAAUUUUAAUGUUUUUUUUAAAUGAUUUACUUCUUUGCUUGGUGUGUCCUUUGUGAAUAGGGGGUGUGGUUGGAACAAAAAAAAAGCAAUGAUAAGGGAGAAAGAAACAAAGUGGUCCAAAUCUAUGUGACUUUUAUUUUUUUAUUCUCACACACUUUCAUAUCGGCUGGGUUUUUAAACACGUGGGAACAGACGAGGAAAACAAAUAACACAAGUGAUAUUGUCAAAAGGAACAGAAGCUAUAAUUUCAGCUGUGUAGUAAAACUUCACCUUUUCAUACCACGUCUAAAAAAAACAAAAAACGUCAGAUGUUUGACACGUCAUUGUAUACUGUAGGUAGCAUGUACAGACGGGAGCCUGCUUAGGACAUUAGCCCCAUGUACAGUAUUUUGUUUAAAGGCACAAAUGUACUGGAAAUGUUUGUAUUGUUAAUUCUGUCGUCAUUUUUAUCAGUUCUACCAGCGCUCGAGUGCACAUUUCUGCUCUGAGGAGGUCUGGAGCAUCAAGAAGAUGAUUUUUGUACUUCAGUGACCACUGCCCUUUGUUCCGGGUAAAGGGAGAACGAUAUGUUAAAGUGUUCGUGGUGAGAACGCACAGAUUCACCUGAGCUAAGCGAUGCAGUUUUAGCUCCGAUGGCAUGUUAAAGGAACAGGAGACGAAAUGCACUUAUUUGUUUUCUUGACAGUUAGACGAGAAAUUGAUACCACUCUCACAUCUCACACUUUAUACCGCUUCAAGCUCCAUCCUUAAAAGUGUAGGUAUUAAUGUGUUAGAGAGCUUACAAGGUGCUGAUGGGUGGAUUCUGUUUCCACUGAGCAGAGUCAGGCUCUUGUUUAGAGUCUUAAUGCUAAGCUAAGCUAGCCAUGCAUUAGCUUUACCAUGCAGAGGGGUAUCAAUCUUCUCAUCUAACCUACAGCAAGAAAGUGAGUAUGUGUGUUUCCCAAAAUAAAUUCAGACUGUCUUUAAAAUGAAUUAUUUAAACAGAGUUGAGUUGCGUGCUGUACAGACUGACCGGCCUGUAGGAUGGUCUCCAAAUGUCAGAAGACUCCAGACCGAGCCAUGGAAGAGAAAACACCUUAACACUCCACUGAGCUGCUAACUCUCAGCAGCAUCAUGGCAAAGAGCUCAGAGUCAUCAGUCAUCACUUCCAGUGCUUUUGCACCUCAAACGUUAACCAGGACAACUAGAGCUAGACGAGUGAGAGGAGAAGAUGGACUUUUUACUACGAUCACCACAGUGUACCAUUCCAAAUGUACGCAAGUACCAGCCAAACUCAGUGUGUUAGAGUAGGAGUCGGCCCCGUUUACUGUGUAAAUAUCCAACGGGACGUCUCGUUCCUCGCGAGUAGCGCGUGAACUUUCAGCACCAAGGUUUGCAAUACAGACACUCUCCCGCGCUGUGUGCACAAGCCAGUCUUUUCAACCUUGUGUGUCUUUCUGUCCACUGCUCUGUAGAUACUCAUGGACAUUGGUAAACAGAAAAACAACAACAACAGAAAAACAGAUUAGGGACACAUAAAUAGAUUCCAGUUGAAAAUGAAUCCAAUAUGUUGCUGUUCCUCAGCAGUAGUUACCUGCUACAUCUGAAAAGUUAAAGUCUCAGAAGUAAAUGGCUUUUAGACCUCACUGUGGACCUUUUUAACCAUGCAGUCUGUCAGGAUUUUCUCCAACUAGGUACCUAUUAAUUGAGGCCAUUCAAAAAAAAAAAAGAUCAGACCCACUAAUGGCCCACACCCGGAGCAUUGAUUUUGUGUAUCUGUUCGCCUGUCAUGAUGUUAGCCUUGUCAACGUUUACAUAUCCGAUUGCCUCCGCCGUCAGCAGACUGUUAAGUGAUGAAAACUUUGUAACGCUAACACAGGUUUAAAGAAAAACUGGUAGCAUCGUCGGGAACCAGCUGUACCCCUGUAAGUUACCCGGCUGGCCCGUGUGUAUCUGUUUGUGUGUAUUUUUGUGUAUCCACAUUGCCUCAAUCGCUCAUCUUUAAUAGAGAAUCCAGAUAUUAGAAUGUGGAGAAAUAAGUUUAUACCAGUGCCUUCUAGAGUCGGACUGGGGAGGGGGGUCGAUAGGGGGGGGUUUAGUGGAGGUGAUGGGAGGACAGCAGGGGUGUGUGUGUGUGGGGAGUGGGUGGCUGAUGUGGAGCAUACAGACGUAGCCAGAGUCCAGGUCUUAAGGUCAACGAAUGGUGAAGGGAAGGAUCUGGAAUAAAAAGCAUCAGGCCCACGUCCCCAGGGCUUGGACACUGUACUCGGACCAGGACUGAGGGACUCUGGCUGCAGUCACUGUAGAGCGGACGUGCCAUAUGAAGCCUUAGAAACGAGUCAGGCUCCUGCUCCGCAGCUUUCCGCCCCACCCGGCUCCUGCUUCCUCUCCCGAAGUGUCGCCAUAGUAACGCACCUGUAGGUUUCCGGAUGCUGAUUCCUGCCACAGGAGAAAGAGAGAGAGAAAGGGAGGGAGGGAGGGAGAGAGACCCCUCCUCUCCAUUGUUGUCCUUGUCUCUCUCUCUCGCUCUCUCACACACCAAAUUCAGAGGGAAAUAAACAUCUCCGCUGUCUGUUAUUGUCGCUGUAUCUGUGAAAAUAAUACAUUUUAUUUAUUACUCUUUUGUAUGUGGGUGUAUGUUGAAUUUUUUUUUUCUGCUUUUAGCGUGAGAUCUCUGUUCUCUUUCCUUAUCUGAUGUUUUUGAAAAAUGAUUUUAAAACCACAGUUUUUACAGGUUUUAUUCCACUCCUCCUCCUUACUUGACAUCACACACGAGCCACUGUCCUCAACUUGUGCACACUGUCGACCGACAACUGCCCCUAUCUCUACCACACACAUAGACACACACACACCCUUUUUCCUAUCUGAGUACCUGAAUAUAUUUACUGUAUCUCCAUGGCAACUAUAACUUCUUAGAAGUUUAUGGCCACAUGUAACAUGACACAGAAUAAAAACAGAUGACAUCG